UAUCCUAUCGACUCCCGGCAGCCGUACGUCUGUGAGUGGUAAAAAAAAAAAAAAAGAUGGGCACCUGCCCUGACAGACAACAUAUUGCUUGUUUUUUAAAUUUAUUUCAAAGUUAGUAGCUAAUAUUGUAACAUAUAGUCUUAUUGUCGUGUGUAUGUCGAAGAACAAUAUUUUUAAAGGCGUGGAAGUACUGAAUUGCUACAGUUGGAUUUGAAAACUAAAGCUUCUGCUAACUACUCCAUGAUGCAACCGGCGGCAGCACCCCAAGGCAACUCCUCGUCCAGCCGGGGGCUCCAGUAGCCCACCCCUAUGCCUGUGAUCCCCAUCCCUCGGCGUGUGCGCAGCUUCCAUGGGCCCCACACCACCUGCAUGCACUCGGCCUGCGGCUCCACGCACAACACCAAGCUGGUGCGCACCAAGUACAACAACUUUGACCUUUACCUGCGCUCGCGCUGCAUUUACAGCUUCCUGCGCUUCCUGCUGUACUUCGGCUGCAGCCUGCUGACCUCCCUCCUGUGGGUGGCGCUCUCGGCGCUCUUCUUCGUGCAGUACGUCAGCGUGCGAGUGCUGUUGCGCGUGCAAUACAAGCUUUCCGUCAUUCUCAUCUUACUGGGACACAGGCGCUUGGACUUUGGGGUGGUGAACGAUCUGAUCAUAUACAGCAUGCAGAUCACCAUGUUCAUGGUGGGUGGGCUCGGAUGGUGCUUCAUGGUGUUUGUGGAUAUGUAGUCUAUAGUGAUGCUCCCUGGACAACAUUAAACCUGUGUAAUGUAGGCACUGCUGUUGCUUUUUUAAUCACUACAAAGUCGGUGGGAUAUCUCAUUCAUCAAGUUCAUUUAUUUAUAAGUGCAGCUCGGAAUUCUUCCUUUUGGGGGAAGAAUGCUAAUGCUUUUUCCACUAAAGUGAAGCUUUAGUGGAAAAAGUACAACUUGUAUCGCUUUAAGCCAGCGUUUCCUGAAUCUCCACCUAAAAUUGCAGCAACUAACAUUUUGGCAGCUGACAACAAAAAUCACAAAGUGGAAAUGUGACUUGUAAUUCCUAAAAUAGCAGAGAGCUCCUGUCAUGUUGAAGAUCUUUGACUGGUGUUUUACAGAAGUUUAAAAAAAGCGGUCCUGUUAUAAAAAGGAUCUUUGAAUAGUGGUUUUGAAUCAAUUCCUCUAAAAAAUAGCAGUGCACUCUUUCCAAAUAGGAUCUUUGACUGGUGUUUUUGCAGCAGUUCUUUAUAAAUAGUAGCCUGCUUCUCGCAUUUAGAGGAACUUUGGUGUUUGGCAGCAGUUCUUUAAAAACAGCAGCACGCUCCUGUCAUAUAGAGGAUCUUUGACUAGUUUUUAGCAACAGUUCUUAAAACAAACUGCUCCUGUCAUAUAAAUGAUCUUUGAUUUGUGUGUUUUUUUUGGCAGCAGUUUUAACCACAAAACAAAACUGCAGAGCGCUCAUGUCAUAUAGAGGGAAAAAAAAUUAAAAACAAUUUUGUCAUAAAGAAAUACAAUCAUAUGUGCUUACGGACUGUAUCCCUGCAGACUGUAUUGAUUUAUAUUGACAUAUAAAGUAUAUAUUGUGUUUUUUAUGUUGAUUUAUUUAAAAAAAUAUAUAUAUAUUUUUUUUUCUUUUAUUUCUUGUGCGGCCGCGGCCAAUCGGUCCACGGACCGGUACCGGGCCGUGGCCCGGUGGUUGGGGACCACUGAUUUAAAGCAUCUUAGUGUUUGGUCAGCCAUUCAUUAAACAAAACAAAAAAAAGUGAAACACUCCUGUCAUGUAAAAUAUCUUUGUCUUUCCUUUAUAGUGUACAGUAUAUUGAUGUGAUGGCAAUGCAUGAUGUUUUUGAAUGAAUUGGGAUAUUGGUGGAGGCACCAGAUUUUUAAUUUCAGGUGCAAAUGUUUUGGAAACCCUGGUUAAGGUGCUGUGAAUGUGAGGUAAAAAUGGAUAAAUGUAAAUGAAAACAUGAGUCUUGGGUGGAAUAAAAUGUCUUUAUGGUCUGUACUUUGUUGCCACGUCUGACUUCUAUAGUAGUCAUUCAUGUCCGUCAUCCCAAUUGUGUUAGCAUCCAGUUCUAUGGUUCUCAUCAAACUUGUGGGGUUAGAACACAUCUGGGCAAAACACGACCCGCGGGCCACAUGCAGCCCGUUAAGAUUUUCAAUCCGGCCCGCCCGACGUUGUACAUAAUUUUUUUUAGACCUUUAACAUAACUGUCGCCGCCAUUAUGAUGUGCUGUGCUGUUUUUAAAUUACCGUAAGUCUUGAACUAUAAAAAGUAUUUCAAUGGUCGAAAUCUGCACUUUUGGGUGUUGUACAAGUUAUUACGGUAAUCUACGUCACAGCAGCUCAGACGAGGAACAAACCAGAGUGGGCGGGGUUUGUGUUCAGAGCAGCCAGCCCGAAACGAGUGUCAGAAACAGAUGCGGAAACACAUUUUUACAUGACAAUACAUCAUAUUGUAGGUGUUUAUUACACUUUGCAUUCAUAUUUUGCUGUUCUUUUACAUUUUUGUUGUGUUUUGCUUGAUUGUAAAAGAGGAGCGAUGUUCAUGUGUCGUUAAUAUUCAGUGUUUUAUUGUUCCUAGUUAAUAUUGUAAAUUCCACUUUUUUUAUUUUCAUUUACAUUUUCGGUGUCCCAUUCAGUAGAAAACUGUAAAAUUCCAUUCCUUUUUUUUGAGGUGGUCUGUCACAACGUUUUUAGAACUCUUAUGUAGGGUUUGUACGGGUGCUUAAAAACCUUGAAAAUGAUUGGAUUUUAAUGUUGUGUUUUCAAGGUUUGAAAAUACUCGAAUUUUGGGUGAAAUGCUUGGAAAUGUUCAUCAUAUUUCUCGGCAGUCUGACUCAAUAGGCUAAUUAUAAAAUGGAAAAAAACUAAAUAAGUUUCCUUAAAAACGAAUCUAAACGCUUGAUCUGUUGGCUUUGCACGAGCCCUUACAUUAAGUUGUUGUCAUGCCAGAGUCGUAUAUAGGGCUCUGUGUCGCUCCCAAGUGGACAGUGGUGCAUCGGUCCAUCAUGCCGGGACGUUGUCGUUUUAAUGAACAUGAUGUAUUAAAGUUAAAGUACCACACACACACACUAGGUGUGGCUAAAUUAUUCUCUGCAUUUGACCCAUCACCCUUGAUCAACCCCUGGGAGGUGAGGAGAGCAGUGGGCAGCAGCGGUGGCCCCGUCCGGGAAUCAUUUUUGGUGAUUUAACCCCCAAUUCCAACCCCUUGAUGCUGAGUGCCAAGCAGGGAGGUAAUGGGUCCCAUUUUUAUAGUCUUUGGUAUGACUUGGCCAGCAUGAAUUAUGUUACAAACAAACAAGUAAACAAUAAUAAUUAAUGUUAUUUCUUGUAAGGAAUGAUGUAUACAUGUAUGAUGAUGAAACAAACUAGUAAACAACGUUUGCAAACACCAAAGACAUUGAAUAGUCUACAGAAACACUGCUUCAUUUUCUAUGCCCCAUUCAGUUAAUGAUAACUGCUGGUUAGAGAUGUCCGAUAAGAUCGGCCUGCCGAUAUUAUUGGCUGAUAAAUGCUUUAAAAUGUAAUGUUGGAAAUUAUAGGUAUUGGGUUUGUUUUUUUUUUUUUUUUAAUUAAAUCAACAUAAAAAACACAAGAUACACUUACAAUUAGUGCACCAACCCAAAAAACCUUCCUCCCCCAUUCACACUCAAUCACACAAAAGGGUUGUUUCUUUCUGCUAUUAAUAUUCUGGUUCCUACAUUAUAUAUCAAUACAGUCUGCAAGGGAUACAGUCCGUAAGCACACAUGAUUGUGCGUGCUGCUGGUCCACUAAUAGUACUAACCUUUAACAGUUAAUUUUCCUCAUUUUCAUUAAUUACUAGUUUCUAUGUAAUGUACGUGCAAAUUCCAAGCUGCUGUUUUGAGGCAUGUUAAAAAAAUUAAUGCACAUUGUGACUUCAAUAAUAAAUAUGGCAGUGCCAUGUUGGAAAUUUUUUCCAUAACUUGAGUUGAAGUUGUUCUCAUAUUUUGGUAAACCUUGUUACAUUGUUUAAUGCAUUCAGCGGGGCAUCACAACAAAAAUAGGCAUAAUAAUGUGUUAAUUCCACGACUGUAUAUAUCGGUAUCAGUUGAUAUCGGAAUCGUAAUUAAGAGUUGGACAAUAUAGGCAAAAAAGCCAUUAUCGGACAUCUCUACUCCCGGUUCAAUGUUAGGCUUAGGUUUUAGCAGAUGUUCCUUAUUUUUCCUUCAGACAGCAUUUGGUGACCUCAAACAACGAGGCUACGGAUUGAUUCACACAGCUUUUCGCCUUUUGAAGAGUACUGGAAAAACUGGAAAAUUGAUCUUGAAAGUCCUUAAAAAGUGCUUGAAAUUGGCCAUGGAAAAGGUGUACGAAGCCUGUCUAUGUCAUGACGCGGAGUCGAACCCACGUUUCCUCUGCAGCUGGAGCUGCAGGCACCUCUGUUAACCCCUGUGCUGGCAGCACGCUCAGACACACCUCUGCUCGCGCUGGGCACAACACGCCCACACAGCAACAAGCCUGCAAACAAUCACUCAUCAGCGCACCUGGACUUGACGAGGGGGUGCGGCAUAAAGACCAGCGGACCCGAGGAACCUUUGCCAGAACGUCGCUAACCUUCCAUGACUCCCCUGUCCUCUGUGAUCGUGCCUUGUCACUCAACACCCAUCCGGAUUCCUGACUGCCCUCCUCGAUCCACGACCUCCCUGCUCGGACCCAGACCACGCUGCCCUGCUCUUGCCCACGACCUCUUGCCUGUCCACGCACUGCCGCUUCAUCUUGCCCCCUUGAAUAACGACGAAAGAUACAACCAACAUUUACAGACAACAACCCUUGGUAACAUUUACAUUAUUGAUUUUACACAUAGUCAAGACUCACUCACUUUGAGUAGCAUACACAUGCCACGUAUUCAUCAAAGGUUUAAAAUAAACCCUGUAAACCGCAGUCCUGCCCUGGUUGUCGCCUCCUUCCCUUCUCUGAGACAUAACAGUCUGUAGCAGUG